GUAAUAAAGCGAGAUGCAAGUAAGGGACACUGAUCAGCUGCCUACAGCAAACGGCUACAUUGGUAUCCGAACCUCUCCACAGUCAAAUGAUAUCGGAUGGUGUUCUUCCCAAGUUUCAUUCUAUUGCAUUGAUAGCCAUCAUCACCCUCGACAUCGGACACCUGUCAGGCUUCUUAAUCUUGGAGAAGAACAUAUAGUCAAUCAAAAUAGGGUCAUCCUGCUUCACUAAAGGCGCCAUUCUAGCUCACUCUUCCAAACCCACCACAAAUAAAUCAUCAUGGCCGCCGAAGAACCCUUGACGCCUUUUGGCAAUGCACUUGCUGGUGCUUUAGGAGGUAUUUUUUCCAAUGCAGUUGUUUAUCCAUUGGACACAGUCAAGACACGAAUUCAAGCUGAUGUCGGAGAAAUUACAAAACCAGGACAAAAGUCCAUUACAGAUAAGGAAGGUAAAACAGUUAUGAAAAAGGGUACAGGAAUGUUAGAAGGUAUUUUAACAAUCAUCAAAUCCAAAGAAGGUCCUGCAGGAUUAUAUCGUGGUUUUGGUGCAAGUAUGGUAAACACAUUCUCAACCCAAUUCGCAUACUUUUAUUGGUAUACAGUCGUAAGAACCUUAUACAUCAAUAGAAUCUCACGUGGAAAGGUUGGCGCUCCCGUUCAACAACUUUCAACGGCUAUCGAACUCUUGCUAGGUGCUCUUGCAGGAGGAUUAGCACAAAUCUUUACCAUUCCUGUCAGUGUCAUUGCAACCCGUCAACAAUUAGGAGGAGGCUCACCUUCCAAAGAAGAAGCAAAACCCGCAAGCACACCUUCCACAUCCACCGGCAAAGCAAAAGAAGCAGUAGUAAAGGCUACCGGUGUGAGCGAUUCAGAUAGCUUCUUGGGUGUCGCUCGUGAAAUUUUACGUGAAGAUGGUGUCACAGGUCUCUGGCGUGGUUUGAAGCCAAGUCUCGUUUUGACUGUGAACCCUGCCAUCACAUAUGGUGUUUAUGAACGUGUCAAGAAUAUCAUCUUGGCCGCUUCAGCUGACGGCAAGAUGACACCAUACAAAUCUUUCUUGGUAGGAGCCUUGUCAAAAACGCUGGCAACAAUUGUUACAUUCCCAUACAUUUUGUCUAAAAUUCGUUUACAAGCAAAAGAUACACGUUAUAAAGGUGCAAUCGAUUGUUUGACACAAAUCGCCAAAGAGAAAGGAUUAUCAGGAUGGUAUCAAGGUAUGCAAGCUCAAAUCACAAAAGCCGUCUUGGCACAAGCUUUGUUGUUCUAUUUCCGUGACUACUUUGAGAUUGUUACCAGACGAUUGCUACAACCCAAGCGAAAGUAAGAGAUACACACAUAUUCUUCUUUCCACUAUAGACCCGGUUUCUCCAAGACUCUCUUUUGUAUGCAAUCAAUUUCGACUACUUUCUAAUACAGUACGCUAGAAUACAGAUAUGGAUUUAUGACGAGAUGAUCAUUCUAUUUUGGUACGAGCAAAGCAUGAAGGUCUUCUGUUGUUUGAACGUACUCUAUUCCCCAUCCUUGCAUUUCUUUAAUUGCCGAUUCGGUUGUCUCUUUUGCUACACCACGAACUGCAUCCCCAACUAUGAUUGUGCGGAAGUGAAAUUUUCUUGCAUCAAUCGCUGAUGAUAAAACACAGUAGUCCGUCGCCAGUCCGACUACAACGAUUGUCUCAAUGGGACCCCCUGCCUUGUUCUUACAUUUGUGGCUAUGCAGUAUCUUUGACAAUUGGGUGAAUCCGAGGUACUGGUUAU